UCCUUUUUCAGAACCCUCCACUUCUUCCCUUAAACCCUUCCUUGGGUUUUAAAACACUACUCCCCAUUUCUUCACUCUUCCCAACCAACCCUUUAUCUCUUUACAAAGAACUCACCAAAAACACCUACUCAAACAUCAAAAUUCGUUGUGGGUCUUUCUCAAAAGUUAAGCCAAUGGCACCAGCACUAAGCAGGAGUUUGACCUCUGCUUCUAUGUCUUCACUCCCCUACACGGCGUCAUUUUCUUUGAGGAGUGGUAGUGCAAAUAGGUUUUGUUUCAGAAGUCUUUUCUUGCAAAAGAAUGGGCUAAAGAAUAGAUUUUGCGAAUAUGGGUUGAAGACAAAGCUGGAGAAGAGAGACAACAGAGUAGUGGUAAGGUGUGAGGCUGGAGCUGCUGUGGCUGAAAAGGAAGCUCCUGAGAGCUCUGGAGAGACUCAUGAGUACCAGGCUGAGGUUAGUCGUCUAAUGGACUUGAUAGUUCACAGUCUCUACAGUCAUAAGGAGGUUUUCCUCCGAGAGCUUGUAAGUAAUGCAAGUGAUGCACUUGAUAAGUUGAGGUUUCUUAGUUUGACUGAGCCUUCUUUACUUGGGGAUGCUGGUGAGCUGGAGAUUCGCAUCAAAUGUGACCCAGACAAUGGAACUAUUACCAUUACGGAUACUGGUAUUGGAAUGACCAAGGAGGAGCUUAUAGAAUGCCUCGGGACUAUUGCCCAAAGUGGUACUUCAAAAUUCUUGAAGGCUCUGAAGGAAAACAAGGACCUUGGAGCUGACAAUGGAUUGAUUGGUCAAUUUGGUGUUGGUUUCUAUUCUGCAUUUCUGGUUGCUCAAAAGGUGGUGGUGUCAACAAAGAGCCCAAGGUCAGAUAAACAAUAUGUUUGGGAGUCUGAGGCUGAUAGUAGCUCAUAUGUUAUUAGAGAGGAAACUAAUCCUGAAAACCUCCUAUCCCGAGGAACAGAAAUUACACUUUAUUUAAGGGAUGACGACAAAUAUGAGUUUUCAGAACAAAAGAGGAUUCAAGAUUUGGUGAAGAAUUACUCGCAGUUUGUUUCUUUCCCCAUCUACACAUGGCAGGAGAAGUCAAGAACCAUUGAGGUAGAAGAGGAGGAAGAACCAAAGGAGGGAGAAGAAAAAGAAGAGGGAGAAAAGAAAAAGACAAAGAAGACCAAAACUGAGAAGUACUGGGAUUGGGAGUUGACAAAUGAGACAAAACCAAUAUGGAUGCGGAAUCCAAAGGAAGUUGAGACAGAACAAUACCAGGAAUUCUACAAGAAAACUUUCAACGAGUUCUUGGAUCCACUUACCUAUACUCAUUUCACUACAGAGGGUGAGGUGGAGUUUAGAAGUGUUCUAUAUAUACCUGGAAUGGCUCCUCUUAACAAUGAAGAUGUUACAAAUCCCAAGACAAAAAAUAUUCGCUUGUAUGUGAAGCGUGUAUUCAUUUCUGAUGAUUUUGAUGGGGAAUUGUUUCCAAGGUACCUAAGCUUUGUCAAAGGAUUGGUGGACUCUAAUGACCUUCCUCUCAAUGUUUCAAGGGAAAUCCUUCAGGAAAGCCGAAUUGUUAGGAUAAUGAAAAAGAGACUAGUACGAAAAACAUUUGACAUGAUUCAGGAUCUUUCUGAAUGUGAGAACAAAGAGGAUUACAAAAAAUUCUGGGAGAAUUUUGGUAAAUUUUUGAAGUUGGGAUGUAUCGAAGACACCGGAAACCACAAGCGCAUUACCCCAUUGUUGAGAUUUUUCUCUUCCAAGAGUGAAGAAGAGUUGAUAAGCUUAGACGAUUAUGUUGAGAACAUGGGUGAGAACCAGAAGGCCAUUUAUUACUUGGCAACAGAUAGCUUGCAGAGUGCCAAGACUGCUCCUUUCUUGGAGAAAUUGGUUCAGAAAGGGAUAGAGGUGUUGUACCUCGUUGAACCUAUUGAUGAGGUGGCCAUCCAAAAUCUACAAACUUACAAGGAAAAGAAGUUUGUUGACAUAAGCAAGGAGGAUUUGGAGCUUGGUGAUGAGGAUGAGGUGAAAGAACGAGAAACCAAGCAAGAGUUCAAUCUUUUAUGUGACUGGAUAAAGCAACAGCUGGGAGAAAAGGUGGCAAAAGUACAAGUUUCAAAUCGGUUGAGCUCAUCACCAUGCGUGCUUGUAUCUGGAAAGUUUGGUUGGUCUGCCAACAUGGAAAGGUUGAUGAAAGCUCAAACCCUAGGAGACACUUCAGCCAUGGAGUUUAUGAGAGGGAGAAGAAUAUUGGAGGUUAAUCCUGAUCAUCCAAUCAUCAAAGACCUCAAUGCUGCAUGCAAGAACGCGCCUGAUAGUUCUGAUGCCAAGCGGGCUGUGGAACUGUUGUAUGAUACAGCAUUGAUCUCUAGUGGAUUUACUCCUGACAGUCCAGCUGAAUUAGGUAACAAGAUAUAUGAUAUGAUGUCAAUGGCUCUUGGAGGAAGAUGGGGCAGAUAUGAGGAAGGGGAUAUAGAGUCAUCAGAAGAGUUAAAGGAGUCAGAUUCAAGCUCUGCAGAGGCCCAAGUUGUUGAGCCAUCAGAAGUAAGAACUGAGAGUAAUGAUCUAUGGGAGUGAUUCUCAAGCAUCUUUUCUUGUUUUGGCAUUCUUUCUGUCCUAAUGUCAUCAAUAUAAUAAUUGUCAGAAGAGAGAAUUUUGGUGUGGGAAGGGCAUUAAAAUGUUCCUUAGAGGGAGGGAGGGAGAAAAUUUUGGAGAACAAUUAAUUAAAAAUAUUGUCAGUUAGUAAUUGUUUUAUUGUUUUUCUA